UAAAAUAGACAGGAAGGUCUCAUUAUUCCUUUGGGAUUGUGGAAACAGGUCCAAAUCCCACCCACCCAAAUCCACAGACACUUUGGAUUUAAGCAUAGUCCUCCUGCAUCAAAUGGAAGACAAUGACACGAAGGACCCUCCUCCCCCAUACUACUCUGUGGCAAUGGAACCACAGGCCCCUCCUAUGACAUACGAGGAGGUGAUUUUUCAGGACAAAUAUGGUGUCACACAGAAUACUGUGCCAUACUACAUUCCUAAAGAACCACCACAAGUACACGUAGCAGCCGUCAUCGUCACACAAGGCGUUGUCACUCCUAGAAGGCAGCAGUCUUGUGGACGGACUGCUAAAUGUUGGGGUGGAUUGGUAGGUGUCCUGCUGGUGUUGGGUCUCAUUGCGGUGGCCAUCUGGCUUGGAGUGCAUUAUGGAUCCCAGCCUAAUUCAGAACACGGCAACAAUGACAACAAUGACAACAAUUGCAUGGAAGAUGAUUGCAGUAGUGAAGAGAGCCACUUUGAAGGUGCACAUGAUGGCAUAAAGGUUCCUCCCACCUACUCCAGCUCCUCCUUGCUGUGUGACGGCGUUCAACACUACCAACAUGGCAUCGAUGAGAUGGAUUGUGUGAGAUUCGGUGCAGGAGGAGAGUUGCAGCUCAAAACUGCUCAUAAUGGUCAGUUCCUUCCGGUAUGUUAUGAGGGAUGGAAUAUCAGUUACGCUGACCAGAUCUGUGAACAGCUAGGCUUUAGACGGUCUUAUGAAUCAAGUGCACUGAAUAGCAAGAGCUCCGAAGCCCUUAUUUUAGAACCAACAUCAGGCUUACUUAUACAGGGACUGGCCAAUGUCAGCUCGGGUUGUUUGGACGACAAAUCGGUCUCACUUCAGUGCUCCGAUUGUGGCAAACAGCAAAGUUCCUCCAGGAUCAUAGGGGGCACUACUUCUGAACUUGGCCAGUACCCUUGGCAGGUCAGCCUGCAUUACAACAAAGCCCAUGUUUGUGGUGGAACACUCAUCUCUCCAGACUUCAUCGUGUCAGCUGCCCAUUGCUUCCAAGGCAAAAUGGCAAAUUCAGCAUACUGGCUAGUUUAUGUUGGGAUUGUUUCCCAGCAAUCCCUGGGGAUGCCCUAUCUAGUGAAGAAGAUUAUAGUCAGUGAGAAGUACAACAGCGACACCAAUGAUAAUGAUGUGGCUUUACUGAUACUCAGCAGACCUGUGGCAUUCUCUUAUACUACACAGCCAGUUUGCCUUCCUACAUUUAACCAGACCUUUUCUGGUGGAUUGCAGUGCUGGACAUCAGGCUUUGGGACAACAAAACAAGGAGCUGAUCGUGCCUCGAGCAGCCUCAUGAGUGUGAGUGUGAACAUCAUAGACUCCAGUGUGUGCAACAGCUGUCAGAUUUAUUGUGGCCUCAUCACCAAUAAUAUGAUCUGUGCUGGAGAUCUGAAGGGAGGACGAGACUCCUGUCAGGGUGACAGUGGAGGCCCACUGGUGUGCAAAGAUGAUAAUAAUCGCUGGUAUCUGGUUGGAAUCACAAGCUGGGGAGCAGGUUGUGGACAAAAACAAAAACCAGGAGUAUAUAGCAGAGUGACCAGCUUUCUGCCCUGGAUCUACACUAAGAUGCAGCAAGAGAAGCCAUGACGCCUCUCUUUUGAGGAGGAUUUGAACAACGUCAGCCCAAAACUAGGAAUGAAGGACACAGUAAUGCUCUUUGACAUGGAGCAAUGUUGUUAUACUAUAGCCACAUGUGGACAAAGAAAAAAUAAAGACUCCAUUGAUCCCACAUUUUCCAACAAGAAAAUAAUAAAACAGAGCAAAGCAGCAGGCUUGUUUUUUUCUUAGCAUUUAUCCACCUUUUCCCUCACAUCAUCACUAAAUUUUAAAUUAUGGGUUAUUAUUACUUUUAUUUUUACGUUUUGGAGAACAUCCAUUAAAAAGAAUUGAAUGUU